AUGAACAACCAUUCGGUAUACAACAAAUUCAACUCCACACUGUCAGUGUUUAAUAACAACAGCAACUUAAAUAGUAGCGUAUACAUUUCAGGAGAUAAAAAAUCUAAAUCAAGAACAUCCUUGAAUGCCUUGUCAUUUUACAAAUCCAACGCAUCUGUAUAUAUAAAGAAAGUGGAUAAAACUGAUAAAAAGGAAAAUGUAAAAACACUAAUUCGAUAUUUGGGAUGGAAGAAUUACAGUGGGAGUAUAUCUCCUAAUUUGUUCAAAAAUCCAAGUGUGACAGAUUUGAUAAAUAUAUGGAAUUUUAUAUUUAAGCAUGUUGACCCCUUAAUUGAAGUUAAUAAAGACAAUUAUGGAGAAGUAGUAUUAAGCUUUUAUAAAGAUAUUGGGUACCCAUAUACGAUCUCUAAAUCAACAUUGGUUGCACCGACCACCGGUUUGCAAUAUAAUACACAUUUGUCUGCGUUAGCAUGGCUUUGUCAGCUAUUAAUUUUCGAAGCUGAAUGUUUUAAUGACAUAAAUGAAGAAAAAGAUUUGAACUGUUCAUACGAUUUUAACGAAGAUAGUGAAAUAAAAAUGGAAGAUUUUAUUUUACAAAGCUAUAGAUCAUACAUUAACAAAGAUGAAGUAAACGCAAAUGAUGUAUUGAAUGUAAAACUAGACAAAGAGAUUAGUAGGUUACAAAAUGAUAUAAGUACGAAAAGCGAAGAUAUUUUAGAAAAAAAAAAAAAAAUUGAAGAAAUAAAAAAUCACAUGAAAGAAAAUGAGGAACUUAUUAAGAGAAAUAAAGUACUAUGUGAUGAAAAUAAAAAAAUAAAAAAUCUUUACACGAACAGCUUGGAGGAAACAAAAAAGCUAGAAAAAGAAAUUGAAAUGUGUAAAAAAUCAAAUCAAGAAGAAAAGACAAAAACAGAUAAAAUCAUAGAACAAAUUAAUAAAGUUAAAGAAGUGUUGCAAAAACAAACAUUAAAUAAAGCACAAUUCUUACAAAUGAAUGAAGAUAUAGAAAAAAAUAAAGAAAAAAUUGAACAUAUCAAAAAUGAAAUCAAGAGUUUAAAUAAUGAAUAUCCAGGCCUCAGUGAUAAAUUGAAUAACAGAAGUAGUGAUUUAAAAAAAUUAGCCAAAAGUGUUAAUGAAAAAUUAUCGGAAAUUUUACAAAAUUUAAAUAUAUAUAGAAAUGUCUCUUCCUCUGAAUGGAACAAAAUAAACAAUGUUACUAUCAAUGUAGACUCUUUCACAGUUGACAAUAUGUUGAAUGUAAGCUGGAAGGAUACAAAAAGCAAUAUCAAAUCUUUCAUUGAAGCGGAUAACGAAGAGCUAAAAAAUUCUAUAAACCUCAUUGAAGAUUAUGAAAAAAAAGUUAAACUCCUCCAAGAUGAGAUAGACGAUUUAAAGGAGGAUAUACAAGACAGGGAAAAUAAAAUCAAAAAGUUGAAUGAUGAUACGGACAAGUUUAUCAAUACCUCUUCGGAGAAAUUUAGUUGUAUCGUUAAACAAAAUGAGAAAAUGUUGGAAGAAGCCAAGGAGAAAAGUGACAAAGCGAACGAAAUGUUAAAAGAAGUCAUUGCAGAGAAGGAAGAGAAAGAAAACGAAUUUAACAAAAUUAAAAUGGAUAACGAAAAAACAUUCAAAGAGAAAUUAUUUACACUUCAAAAGACAUGUACCCUUCUGAUGGAAUUAAAAAGCUACAGCAAAUCUUAUGUCUCCAUCAUGCUGGAUGAAAAGAAAAGAGAAUUAGAGUUGUAUAAAAAUCUUCACAAAAGCGUGAUCGAGUAG